AUGAAAACCGUCUCCUUUGUGCUGGUGUCGGGACAAGGCUCUUUUAAACAACCAGACUUUUUCUUUAGGGCUAAUAGCAAUGACUUUCCCUCCAUUGUUAUCGAGUCAGGCUGGGUGGAGUCAUUUCCGCAUCUACGGGCGGACAAGGAUCUCUGGAUGCAAGGAAACAUCUCUGUGGAGGUAAUGAUUCUCCUGGGGUGGAAGAUCUCUGAAGGCCGUGUCAAGGUCAGUAUGGAAAUCUGGAGACGUGAUGGGGCCGGAGGCCUUGCCGUUAGUGAAAUGGCUAUACUUCCUUCGGCAGAUUUUGUGCCCUCCAAUGGACGUAUUGAGUUUACUAAAGGCCAGCUCUUUGGGUCAGUGAUGAUAGCUGGCCAGAACCCUGGCACUAUACCUUACCUUGAAAUGUCAAGGUUAAGGGAGAUGGCCGAGGAGGUGCUUGUGAAGAAUAUUGGAAUGGUACCCGCAUAA